AUGUCGACCGACACCGCAACCUAUGAUUUCAACCACACUAUGCUCCGGAUCCGAGACCCUGCCAAAUCGCUGGACUUUUAUACUCGACUCCUCGGCAUGAGCCAAGUGACUCGCCAGGACUUUGAGCAGGGCAAGUUCACGCUGUAUUUCCUGGCAUACAACGUCCCCAAGGAAGUCUUGGAAGCCGACGAGAGCGUCCGCAAGGCUUACGUUUUCUCUCGUCCGGGCGUUCUCGAGCUGACCCACAACUGGGGCACCGAGUCGGACGACAGCUUUGCCGGAUAUCACAACGGCAACAAGGAACCUCGAGGAUUCGGGCAUAUUUGCAUCACGGUCGACAACGUCGAUGCUGCCUGCGCUCGCCUGGAAUCUGAAGGAGUGUCGUUUGUCAAGAAGCCGGAUCAAGGCAGCAUGAAGGGCAUCGCCUUCGCCGCCGAUCCCGACGGAUACUGGAUCGAGAUCAUUCCCAAGACCUUCUCUUUGGCCAAGUGA